AUGUCACUUCCAGCUGGGUCUAUCAGGGCCUGGAAUGAGCUGGCAGAGUUAUUCAUGCAAAAAUACUUUCCGUCUGAGAAAACAACCAAGCUGAGAAACCGGAUUGUGACUUUUCGCCAAGAUGAGGGAGAGUCAUUGCACGUGGCCUGGGAGCGAUUUAAGGAUUUGUUACUUGAUGUUCCACACCAUGGCUUCUCCAAAAGACAAUUGGUUCUGAUGUUCUACCAAGGGUUGAAUUACGACACGCGGGAGAGAUUAGAUGUGAAUGCAGGAGGCGAUCUAGGAACGAAGACGCCAAACGAAGCCUAUGCUAUCAUAGAAAAAGCUGCGUUAAAUUCUAGCUCACGUCGAGAAGGAGUGAGAGGCCGGGCAUCAUCCUCAUCUCGCCCAGGAGUUCACGCUGUGGACGACUACACAGCCAUUACUGCACAAAUCUCGGCUCUUUCGGCGAAGUUUGAUAAAUCACAGAUGGCUGCACAAGCUAGUUCAGGAUGUGACCAGCGCGGAGUGUCACACGAGCUUAUUGCAUGCUUUCAGGGAGUUGUGUAUGAGGGCCAAGAAGAAGUGGAUUUUGUGAGUAACCAGGUGAGGCCGCAGAACAACCCGUACAACAAUACAUACAACCCGGGUUGGAGGAAUCACCCAAAUUUUGGGUGGCGAGCGAAUGUGGGUAAUCAGAAACCACUAGGAUUUGCCCAGCGCGCUCCAGCGCCGCAGCAGGCUCACGGUCAGCAAUUCCAGCCUUACAACCAACCUUUCCAGCCACGUCCAUACUCAUAUCAGAAUCAGGGCGCCGGGAGUAGUUCCCAGCAGCAAGCCCCUCAGUCAAGUUCUAAGCUGGAGGAAAUGAUGGCUCAACUCCUUAGCAGCUCCACAAGUGCCAAUCAAUUAGCUGAAAAACAAUAUCAACAAAGCGAAGAUCGUUUUCUAUCCCAUGAAGGAGAAAUGCGGAGUCAAAAAGCUUCGAUUCAGAAUAUCGAGAACCAGGUUGGUCAGCUGGCGAAGAUGAUGUCGGGGAGACCCCCAGGUGGUCUUCCAGGCAAUACAGAGCCAAAUCCGCGAGGGCACGUAAAUGCGGUCAUGACCAGGAUUGGCAAGACUACCGGACCCAACAUAUCGGACUCACCACCGAUCACUGAAGCGGUUCCGACUGAUACACCGGACGAGCAACUGCACAUAAACAUACCGUUUGUUGAAGCCUUGGCCCAGAUGCCGAAGAAUGCAAAGUUCUUAAAGGACAUCCUCUCUAAUAAGCAGAAACUUGAGGAUAUGUCCUGUGUGGUAAUGAACAAAAGCUGCUCUACCAUUCUGCAAAAUGGUCUGCCCACAAAGAUGGGAGAUCCUGCAGUUUCACGCUUCCUUGCCUGA